UUCCCCCACCCUACUAUACAUACAGACACCACUAGUCGAUGCAUUCAGAUUGCAGAUGAUUACAUUGCGUACAACCUACAUGUUUCAAAUGCAGCGUAGUGCAUUGUUUCAACGUAUACAAACGUGUUGUUAAUAAGUAACGUGGUUAAAUUGGGCCCAUAGCCCUCUCUGGCUUGUUAAACCAAAGAGGCGUUGCUGCUUGCGGUAGCCAAUCAAGAUAACUGUAGUCUGUCUGUGUAUGGUUGCUACAAAGUGUGGAUGUAUUGCUUUCAAAAGAGAAUAAACAAGUUAAUAAAAACAGACGAGCAUGAAACACCCGUGGACAGUUUUGAUGUGUCUUCUUACAACUGCCGCUGCCUCGCAAUUUCUGAUUAAACAAAUUGGAUUUGAAAGCGCUGGCGCUAUUUACUGCAAGCUAUGGGAGAGCAUUCUAUCUUUGUUUGGACAUAGUCAUGUCCUAAUAUUUACUGCAGGAACAAUGCUAUCCCUUGGAUUGCCUUUUUGGAUUCUGAACGCCUUCUUUGUAUAUGUGGAUCUUACUGCUAAACCAAGUUUUGUGAAAAAGUUUAAAAUACAACCGGACAAAAACUUCCCGGUCGAGUGGAAAAUGGUCAAAAAAUGCAUUUCCGUCGUAAACAAAAAUCAACUAAUUUCGACAGUGAUGAUUUUGUUGCUCUACCCCGCCACCAAGCGGUUCGGUAUGACGUACUUGGUUGAGGAUUUGCCAACAUUUUCGAAAUUGCUACAACAGCUGAUUUUGUUCGUGGUGUUGCAGGAAAUUGGAUUUUAUUAUCUGCAUAGAAUGAUGCACUAUCCGUUACUUUAUAAGAGAAUUCACAAAGUUCAUCAUGAAUGGACCGCUCCUAUAAGUUUGGCAGUCGUGUAUGUUCAUCCUAUUGAACACGUUAUUGUCAAUAUGAUUCCAAUACUUCUCUCUCCAAUAUUAAUUGGUGCUCACAUAUCGACGACAUGGUUAUGGUAUGUGCUGGCAACUUAUUAUUCUACAGUUCACCACAGUGGUUACCACUUCCCAUUCAUGCCUUCACCGGAGUUCCACGACUAUCAUCAUAAAACAUUCACUCAAUGCUUUGGAGUUCUCGGAUUUCUGGAUUGGAUACACGAUACAAGUAAAGAGUUCAGGAAAACGAAAAUAUAUGAUUUCGAUCACAUGUUUUUCUCGUUUCGUCCGAUUUGGUCAGACGAACAAAAAUAGAAAUUUAAAUUAUAAACCAAUAUGCAAACGAAUCUAUACUCUUUUAUGUAAUUUUAUUUAAGAAACCCUUUUCUCUUUCGAUUUUUCUUUCUGUUGCAAUUUAAUCUGAAAUAAAAUUUCCAGGGUGAUUUCCCUGGUAAUAAAUGACUUGCGUGUAAA